AUGGCAGACAGCGAUGCUGAUCAUUCGGAAAUCCUCGGCCAUUUGAAUCGAAAACAACAGCGGAUGUGUGCCGAGAACAGAGAAGAGGCACACGCCUUACUAAGGAGACUAGCCUGUGCAACUGAACUAUCAGUUGUUAGGAAAGAACAUGAACCGAAUAAUAAUGAGCAAGACUUUCCUUCAAUUAAAUUUGGGGACGGAGGCACUGAACCUCCAGCCAAAGUUAUGAUAUCAAAAUCUGCUGACAAGGAAGAUUGGCUAGAUAAGAUAGUUUGCACUGGGGAAAGUAGACAAAGUACUGGCAAAGUACCACCACACAUGACAGUGCUUGAAUGGUGGGAGGCAAACAAAGCAUUUUGGCCAAGGCUUUCUAGGCUUGCAAAGAAAUACUUGUGUUGCCCUGCCUCUUCUGUAGCAUCUGAGCGUGUGUUUAGUCUGGCUAGGCAGGUUAUGAACAAGAAGAGAUGUCGUCUGUCUGCUGACAAUGUUGACAUGCUAGUUUUCUUAAAUAAGAACCUUGAAUCCUACUGGUAA